AUGCUACACCACAGCCGCGCCGACCUCGACGACAACACCUACGGCCCAUCCCGACACGGCCCACGCGACCGCGACCACACAAUGCCCCGUGCUCCCCGCAACCACUCCAAGACCGCCAAGGUCCCCCGUAGGCCCUUCGAGUCGGCUCGUCUCGAUGCCGAGCUCAAGCUGGCCGGAGAGUACGGUCUCCGCAACAAGCGUGAGAUCUGGCGCAUUGCCCUCACCCUCUCCAAGAUUCGUCGUGCCGCUCGUGAGCUGCUCAAGCUCGACGAGAAGGACCCCAAGCGCCUCUUUGAGGGCAACGCCAUCAUCCGCCGUCUUGUGCGCAUCGGUGUGCUCGACGAGGCCCGCAUGAGGCUCGACUACGUGCUUGCCCUCAAGAUCGAGGACUUCCUCGAGCGCCGUCUCCAGACCCAGGUCUUCAAGAGCGGCCUCGCCAAGUCGAUUCACCACGCCCGUGUCCUCAUCACCCAGCGCCACAUCCGCGUCGGCAAGCAGAUCGUCAACGUCCCCUCGUUUGUCGUCCGUCUUGACUCGCAGAAGCACAUCGACUUCGCCCUCACCUCGCCCUACGGCGGUGCCCGCGCCGGCCGUGUCAAGCGCAAGCGUGCUCGCGCUGCCGCCGAGGCUGCUGGCGGUGACGACGCCGGUGACGAGGAGGAGGAGGAGUAA